AUGGCAGGGUCAGCUUUAAGGCGACGCCGUGGGACAAAAAAAGCAUCAGGGGGUCAUGGACUUCUCAAGACAAUCCUCAUUGGAAUGCUCCUAAUCGGUGUCGGCUUGGCGGCUGGAUUGUUGGCAGGGUUUUUCUAUUAUUCGCCCCCUGAUGAAAAUGGCAGGAAAGUCACACUUUCACCAAAAGUUUUAAUGGAUCAAGCGAAGCAUCUUCGUCACAAGAUUAAUAAUCAACUUCACCACUCGGGACACGAUACUCAUGUUGAUGAAGAAAAACAGAAAAGGAGAAAAGCAAUGAAUAUUGCUCUCGGCGCACCCGCUUCAGGAGUUACUGAGGACGCCAAGGAACGAAAGCAAAAGUUCAUGGCUUACACUCCAACGGUUGGAGGCAAAGGAGCCUUUCCGCACUAUCCUGAUAAUGGGGCUCUUGUAGCGGAAGAUCACGACUUUUCGAGCUUUGAAGCUCCAGGUGGACACCGCUUUGAGGAAUACAAAUGGGGUGAUUCACCGUAUGACUACAGACAAGGAGAGUCAGAUGAUCUGGCACGUUCUCGACGAGUUCAUGUUCGCAACGCCAUGAAGCAUGCAUGGGAGAACUAUGAGAGAUAUGCUUUUGGGCAGGAUGAGAUUAAGCCAAUUUCUCUACGUGGCACAAGUACAUGGGGAAACCUAGGAAUUACGCUUGUCGACUCAUUGGAUACUCUGUGGUUGAUGGGCAUGAAAGAAGAAUUCAAUCGCGCCCGUGACUGGGUCAAGAACAACUUGAACCAUAACCAAUCUGCAGAUGUCAGUGUCUUUGAAACAACUAUUCGUUCUCUUGGCGGCUUGUUGGCAGCUUUCGAUUUGUCACAAGAUCAAGUGUUUUUGGACCAAGCCAAGGAUUUAGGCGGACGAUUGUUCAAGAGUUUCAAGAAUCCCACGGGUAUCCCAUGGGGGCGAGUCAACUUGAUAUCUGGUAAAACACAAAAUUUGGGUUGGGCACCGGCUGAUGCCAUCACUGCCGAAUGUGGAACACUGCAGGUCGAAUUCCGAUUACUUGCCCGAUGGUCGGGCAAUACAGAAUACAAAACAAAGUCAGAAGAAGUAUUCCAUGUUCUUCAUGACUUGAAUCCCCCAAACGGACUGUAUCCCUACUUUGUUGGGAACAUGGUUGGUGCUCCAGAAUUCACAAACCAGAAGCUGACCUUUGGAGCAAUGGCAGAUUCAUUCUACGAGUACAUGCUAAAGAUCUGGCUACAAGGAGGAAAAACUGAACAAUUUUUCAGAGACAUGUAUGAUGAGUCCAUGCAAGGAAUGUUCGAUCUUCUGUUGUCUGUUUCAUCGCCUUCUGAUUUGGUGUUCAUUGCUGACAAGGAUAACAACAGGAUGGAUACGAAACAGGAUCACCUUGUUUGUUUCAUGGGUGGGUUGCUAGCAUUGGGGGCCUACACAGACCCCGAAGGCCUAGACUCUGAGAGAGCCCAACGAGAUUUAAAAACUGCAAAGGCUUUGACGUACACUUGUUAUCAAACAUAUGCCCGUAUGGCUACUGGAAUUUCGCCUGAGUUUGUUCAAUUUUAUGAAGGAAAGGACUUUGAGGCCGGAAGGAACGGUCAUCACUACCUUCUGAGACCAGAAACUGUUGAAUCGUUCUUUGUUCUCUACCACUUGACCGGUGAUCCAGUGUACAGAGAGUGGGGAUGGGAAGUCUUCCAAGCAAUUGAAAAAUAUUGCAAGGUGAACGGUGGUUAUGGUGGUCUCCGAGAUGUACGAUCUACGAAACCUCAAGUUGACGACAAGAUGGAGUCUUUCUUCUUGGCAGAAACUCUUAAGUACAUCUACCUUCUAUUCGAUCCGGAUACUGAACUCGACCUUUUGAACAAGCAUGUAUUCAAUACCGAAGCGCACCCUAUGCGGAUAUUCCCACAAAUGGACAAAGACGGUGUUUGA